AUGUCCGACGCUAACAUAAUGGCAGAAUCUUACGCUGAUGGCGCCAUCAACCUUAGCAGCACAGACUCCGGCCAGUCUGCCAAUGACGAGGACAACAAACCUAGUUGUCAUUUCUGUGGUAAAAAGUUUGCACAGUCCAGUUACAUCAAGGCACAUAUGAGACUUCAUACGGGAGAGAAACCAUUUGCUUGCUCCUUUUGUCCUAAACGUUUCAGCGACUGCAGUAACUGGAAGAAACAUGAGAGAAUCCACAUCAGACAAAUGGGCAUCAAUCCUGACAAGGCACACAACAUGACCAAACACUCCAUGUUUCUUGUUCAAUCAUCAUACUCUUCACCCAAGUUGAAAAAUGAUUUGGGUUCACCGGAAUAUAUCUGCAAAAUAUGCGGAAAAUCCUUUGCCAAUGCCAGUAGUUUGACCACUCACAAAAGAAUACACAGUGGGGACCGUCCGUACAGAUGUCAGACAUGUGGAAAGUCAUUUACACAGAUUGGCACACUACGCACACAUGAAAGGGUACACACAGGAGAGAAGCCAUACAUUUGUAAAAUCUGCGGUCAGACUUUUGCCCAGAGCGGAAGUUUUCGCAUGCACGAGCGUCGUCACAUGAUGGAAAUGCUUCACAAAUGCCCUGUUUGUCCAGUAAAGUUCCAGCGUUGGGAAGAUGCUAAGCAACACUUAGCCACACAUCCAGAGAUCAUAGCACGGCAUCCCGAAAUUGUGGAGUCAAAUGGAUUCUUGGAGAAUGACUUGGCAAAAGCUCUCAAGACUGAGGGAGAUCUACAGCAGUUCCACCAAGUUCUAGCCGCCCAAGUAACAGAUGAAACCCUCCCACCGAUUGAAACAUUUACAAGCCGCCCGGAUCAUCUCCCCCCUGUCAGCUUCCCUUUUCCAGCUGGUAUACCGCCGUUGGUGUCUGCUAAUGCUCUACACUUUCCUGGGAUAUCUGUGAGUGGAACAGAUAUCACUAAUCCAGUCAACGUGUUCUCUUCUGCCAUCCUGCGUGCUGAUGCCAUGCAUAUACCAACCCGUCAAAUUCUGGAUGAAUACGCCUUGCCAACUACUUCUACUGCUAACACUGUGCCAUAUACUGAACCACCGCCUGUCAUCAUUCAGGAUGGCAACGACACUGCCAUUGUCAGCACCACAACUGCUCGUGAUAGAAAGUACAGUUCAGAUUCACACACUUCCCGGUCUGUCUCCACACCAGAUCCAGGUUGUGACACAGGAAACGGUCGAGCUGAGAGUGAAAAGAAUGGCAGUUUCUUGGAAAACAUGACUGCAGAUACAGCUGGUGGAAAAACAGGAUCGGAAGACUCGAGUCUAACCAGUGAUCAUUCAGAUAGCGCCCAGAAUGAGGAGAACAUCGGCAUCAGUCGUCAGAAUCUCCACUCGCGUAUGAUCUCCACGACAAACUCGCGAAAACAAAGGCAUCCCAUGCGCCGCUAUAGUGGCAGCAGUUGCAUGGCCCCAGACACAUCGACCCAGCCAACAACUAGCCUGGUGGAAACAAGCUCCAAUCACUCCGAGACCAUCCGAGAAGAGGACAUAUCUGAUGAUUUGGUGGGUGGCAAGUUUUAUCGCUGCGAACAUUGCCACAUCCUGUUUGAAGAUUGCACUCUGUAUCUGCUUCACAAUGGCUUCCACUCUCAUGACUCCGAUCCAUUCAAGUGUGUCAUCUGUAAAUCGUCAUGCCGUGACCGCAUCGAGUUUAACUGCCAUUUGACCAGCCAUAUAAAGCUUGCCAAUGAUGUGUCAGAGACAUCCGGAGAGGUCCACAACAGGUAUUAUACCGGUAUAUCUGUACUGGAACCUGGCAUUGAGAACAAACAUAGGAUAUGGAACGGUUAG